AUGUCUAUUACAGACCACAGCCCCACCACCGGCGUGGUGACGGUCAUCGUCAUCCUCAUCGCUAUCGCGGCUCUUGGUGCCUUGAUACUGGGCUGCUGGUGUUACCUGCGUCUGCAGAGGAUCAGCCAGUCGGAGGAUGAGGAAAGCAUUGUGGGAGAAGGAGAGACCAAAGAGCCCUUCCUUCUGGUGCAGUACUCUGCUAAAGGACCUUGCGUGGAGAGGAAAGCAAAGCUAGCUCCGAACGGCACAGAAGCGCAUAGCUAACUUGGAGCAACCCAUGUACAUAGACUAAGCUUGCAAGGGUGUAACCAGCAGCAGUCUCCUCUGCUGUGAAGAGCUUGGUCAUAUGCACACUGCUUACCAAAAGACACCAUGACGAGGCUUAAAUAAGCUUCAUUUGCAACUGCAUGCACUGGAAGUUGCACUUUGCAUCAGCUGCAUUUCCUGCGGCGUCCAAGACAGGA